AGCUCGACCUGACAACUCGACCUCGACCUGCUCAACCUCUCGAUGCUCCACCACCCACCACCCGUCCAUCCCACCCACCUCGCCCAUCUUCCACCUUGCCCUCUCCCUCUCUUCCCGCAACCAUCGUUGCUGCUGCUCGCCUCACCCCUCGCACGCCUUUACACGUACACGCACCCAUACCGUCCACGUAUAUACUCAGCACCUCCGUAUACGGCCAGCCAUUUCACCGCUCCGCAUUGACGCCGACUGCCCGACACGAUGGCGGACGACGACUCGAGUGAGCUCUCCUCCAUCUCGUCGCUGUCGUCAGCCCCUUCCCAGGAGGAUAGCGAUAUCCAGCUGAAGCGGGAGAAGGGCAUCCUCAAGUUCUUCCACAAGCUGCCCCCGGGAACGAAGCCCAGCGAGCCUGAGAAGGCGGCGUCCCCUCCGCCGCGCAAGCGAUCGCCCUCACCGCCGCACGAGUACAUAUUGGCGGACAAUCCCGACAUAUCAUUCAUCGUCAUGUUCCGCAGCCGGUUCAACGACGCCCUCCCAAAAUCUCUAGCCAACUUCGGCCCUCAAGAACUCGAGCGCGACGUUACCGAACCCAUCCCUGGCGAGCGCGUCGAACACUUCCUGUGCGCUGUCCUGGGCUUGCUGUUGAACCGAAAGCAGGAUGUCAAGCCUGGUCAUUAUAAUCGCGCCUUGGAGGAUGCCAUUAGCUCCCAUAAGAACCAAUGGGCGCGAGAUUGGGAGGAUACCAAUCCCCUAGCUGGGGGGAGGACCUUCACCUCCAUGAACCCCACCGAACGACUUGUCCUGCUGCGAACCCUCGUUAUGUGGACGCUGUCGUCCUCCGAAGUUAUCAAGGGCAUCAUCAACCAAUCCUACAAGGGCCAACGCCAUGAAGACGACCUCAACCAACCCUUAUCAGUGCAGCCGUGGGGUUCGGACAGCGACAGGCGCCGCUACUACCUCAUAGAAGGCCUUGACGAUACCAAUUUUCGAGUUUAUCGGGAGAGCAACCCUGCCGGCUUCAGCAGGACGUGGUGGAGCGUGGCCGGGGACAUCGAUGAGCUCAAGGCGCUGGCGGACAAGCUGCAAACCGCAGAUGGCGGCCCGAAGGCCAAGAAACUUGCGCUGAAGAUGCUCGCAGCGGUGCCCCGCUUUGAGGCCACCGAGGAGAAGCGAAGGCGACGCGAGUACCGACUCAUGCGCAAGGAGCAGUUCAAGCGCCCUGAGCCUGGGUUCUCCAUGUAUGAGGGCCGGACGAGAGGCAAGCGCAUGAAGUAUACUUAUUCUGAUGACGAGGACUUCUUGUCCGACUCUACGUCCGUGCGACGAUCAACGCGCAACACUCGCACCCACACACCGGCCGACCCCGCCCCUCCUGUCACCACCGCGAGCGGCCGCCAGGUCAAGGCCCCGUCGCGUAUGACGGUGGAUGCAUCCAACAACAUCGUCACCACAAGCCCUACCGCAGCCGCUAUCGAGAACGGCGACGUGACAAGGGCGUCAGAGGAGUCUUCGGCCGGACCCGGUGGCCGACCUCGUCGAUCCGCAGCCGUCCACCACGGCACCAACGGCUGGGCCCCGUCUUCAAAAAAGAAGGGGAAGAACUACGAUGCCAUGGAUGAGGAUGAGGAUGAGGAUGAUGACGAUGAUAGCUCGCCCGAUCUAGGCGAUGAUGAGGAUGACCAUAUCCCUGACGGGGAAAGUGAAGAGGAGGACGAAGAGGAGGACGAAUUCGAUGAAGACGAGGAGAUGGUCAAUGACGACCUCGCCGAUCACAACGCCGGCCCCGCGACGGAUAGCAUGAUGGUCAAGCUCAAACUGCCGUCAAAGAAGACGCCAAGCACCAGUGCCACCACUACUACUGCCAACGGCUCGGCGAUCGACCUCAGCGAAUACCGAUAUAACGGCGGCGGCAAGAAGGAGACAAAAGGUUCGACGGUGUCACCCAGAUCACGAUUAUCCUCUGACGAGAAGGACGAGAAGACUGAGGAGGUGAUAUCGGUGGCGACAACCAAUAAGGACAGCACCCCGAAACCCGCCCGGUCGUCUUCGUCUCCAGCCCCUACCUCCGCUCCCGCUUCGACGGGCGAGAGCGGCGGCAAAGGCAAGGAGCCGCCACGAGAGCGCCGACGAACGCCGUCGGCCCCCGCUUUGAACUCCCUGCAGCAGUCGACCUCUCUGGCUUUUAGAGAAAGCCCGGACAAGGCUCAGCAGAAGCAGGAGCAGCAGCCGCUGCCGAAGCACGUUGACGUCGGCGCUGGAGAUUAGAUUCUUCUCUCUUCGUCUCUCUGCCUAGGGAUCACCAUGCCCAUUUCUUGUUUUCGAAUGGGUGCGCAGGGAACUGCCAGCCUAGCCCUAGCAGCAACAGGCGUAUACCCGUAUGGGACACAUACACUAUAUUCGUUUCCCUCUCUCUCAUAUAUACAUCCUGUAUCCACCCAUUUUACGCACCCUACUAUUCGGAUUGGACCGGAUUGUCAAGAGUGGCUGGUAUAAAGCAGCGGGAAAGCAAUGUUACAUUGAAAUAAAUGAGAGAAGAAAACUCACAGAGAAAAAAAGGAGGCGUAGGAAGAACGUGCUGAAUGCAUAGACCGUUGAGUUGAAGAGACGGUCUGUUUGGAAAAGCGGCCAGUUCUGUUCCCAGCUUGUCCUCGUGAGCAUGGAAGGAGGGAGCAAGGCGAGAAGAAAAAAAGGUGGACGGUCAGCGGCUACUACUACUAUUACUACUACUAGGAUAUGGUUUGUUACCGCUGUCUGUGCCUUUGGAUGUUCAUUCUCCCAGGCCACAGCAUGGGCGGAAAAUAGAAGGGAAAGGGGCUGGAAAAACAGGCAGGCAGGCAGGACUAUGUGUGUUAGAAGGCCACCCUCAACGCCUCCUCGCUUCCGUGAAUAUGACACGGUUAGGGGCAAGGAGAGCCAGGGAAAAUCACAAGCAUGUACUCAAACAUACGGCGUGUAUGCUACCGCCCCUAGACUAAGCGACU